AUGGGAAGUUUGGCUCACUUGGAGGCAUAUCAAAGGUCGUUGGCCUGGGAGGUUCACCGAUUGGCUAGUUUGGGAGUUCGUCUUGCGGACUCUAAAGAAGGUGGGGUGGUUGUGCAGAAUAGGACUGAACCAUUGCUUGUGAUGGAGGUCAAAGAAAAGCAGUACAACGAUCCAUUGUUGGUACAAUUAAAGGAGGGAAUUCAUAAACAUAAGACCGCAGUUUUUUCUCUUGGCGUGGAUGAUGGUACACUACGGUACCAAGGGCGACUAUGUGUUCCAAAUGUAAAUGGUCUUCGGGAAAGAAUCAUGGCUGAAGCUCACACUUCUAGGUAUUCCGUGCACCCAGGUUCUAUGAAAAUGCAUCUUGAUCUCAAGGAAAUCUAUUGGUGGAAUGACAUGAAGAGGAAUGUGGCGGACUUUAUGGCAAAAUGUCCAAACUGUCAGCAAGUGAAGUCCGAGCAUCAAAGGCCCGGUGGGUUGGCACAGAACAUAGAAUUUCCAAUGUGGAAGUGGGAAAUGAUUAACAUGGACUUUGUGGUAGGCCUACCGCAGGCGGCAUCGAUUAGUGCUAGCGGCAUCCUCCUCCCUGCAUUCUUGGUGAGCCCCAAUUCAUUUCGGGGUCAUACAUCUUUUGUUCCUUAUGUAUUGCACCUGAGGUUGCUGAUGGAGCAGUUGGGGAACACAGUCAUAGGCCAUAACUAUAGGGAGCAGAAUCAAGUGGUGGAUCUCCUCGCAAAGGAAGGAGCUAGGAAGGAAGUUUUUGACAAGACCCAACUUUUGGCAGUUCCUCCGGUGUUUGCGAAUGAUGCAGUUUGGGCAGACAUCCUAAAAAACUAUUUUUGA